AUGUCGUCGCUCGCCGCCCAGCUCCAGGCGCGCCAGACGGUCGACUCGGCCCGCCUGUCGUCGACCAGGGCCCUCAAGAACAUCCCGAGCUUCAUAUACACCUCGCGCCAUGCCUCGACCUUGACGACGGCCGACCUGCACUCGAUCGCCGCCAACGCCUGGGACCAGCUGUCGGCCCUCGACCCGUUCUUCGGCCUGCACUUCAAGGAGAUCCUCGGCGAGCAGGCAAAGUCGCUCGACCGCACCGGCCUCACAAAGGACGAGAACGACAAGGUCGGCCGCUCGGUCGACAAGGUCCUGCGCGCCCUCGGCAAGCACAUGCUCCUCAAGCCCGCCGGCGUCGUCCUCGAGUGGCUCGUCCGGCGCUUCAGGGUCCAGGACUUCAACGUGCCCGGCCUCAUCGCCCUCCUCCUGCCGUACCACAACACGCCGCACUUCCCCUCGGCUCUCAACCUCGUCGCCGAGUCGACCAUGGCCGGCACCGCGUUCGCCGGCCUCCUCCCCGCCAAGAAGUCGCUCGCCCCGAUCGACCUGACCGCCAUCGUCGACCUCCUUCCGCCGUUCGACGCGGCGCCGACCGCCCGCCCGCUCCUCGACUUUGUGCUCCACCUCCCGCUGUCAUACCUCGAGAACGGCGAGGUGCCGCACCGCGCCCUGACGGCCUUUUGGCUCCAGUCGGUCGCGAGCUACCUCGACCGCGCCGGCACGCGCCUGCCCGACGGCGAGCGCGCCGCCGUCCUGUCGACCGUCCUCGAGGUCCUGCGCACGGCGCGCGCGCACCCGGACACCCUCAUCGCGUCGUACAUCCUCGUCGCCCGGUUCGCGAUGCACAACCCGUUCGACGCCGAGACGCUCCGGGUCGUCCUCAAGGGCGUCGUGAGCAACCGCGCGCGCACCCACGUCGCCGACGACGAGACGGACGCGGCACUCGUCACGACGCUCGUCGUCAUCAGCCAGCUCGGCGAGGACGAGGUGGCCGUGCCCGAGGGCAAAAAGUUCCUCGGCAACAGCGGGUGGAAGUCGCUCUUGCGCACCGCCAAGCUCGACGAGCUCGUCAUCCAGCUCAGCAACCAGUACGACGCGUCGCGGUUCCUCAAGCCGUUCCUCCAGACCCUGGCCCAGGAGGCGCUCACGUCCGAGGACUGCCUCGCCCUCCUCUCGUCGACCCUGAUCCCUCGCCCGUCGGCCUCGCUCGACUCGGACGCCCUCGUCACCCUCCCCGAGCCCAUCAUCUCGCACCUCCUCGCGUCGUGCUUCGCCGCCAUCAUCCGCACGCCGACCGCGUCGCCGAGCAAGCUCGUCAAGCCCAUGGCGCAGGUCUACCAGCGCUACCCGGCCGUGUGGGCCACCCAGUCCAAGCUCGCGACCUCGCGCGCGCGCCAGUCGGGCGACAAGGAGUCCCUGCCGCGCGUCCUCCAGGCCAUGAACGCCGUCCUCGGCGGCGAGGCCCUUUCGUCGGACCACGCCGCCGCCGCCGCCCUCGUCCUGUCGGCCUCGGCGCCCGACGUCGCGAUCCGCGUCUCGGCCUUGCGCGACGUGCUCGAGAACGCCGACGCCAUCGUCGAGCAGGGCAACGCCGGGUUCGUGCAUGACACGCUCAUCGCGCGCCUCGCCGAGGCCGAGAAGGACGUCGCGAGCGUCCUGUUCGCCAAGGAGCACCACGCCGUCCUCGAGGCGCACGUGUCGCCCGACGAGGUCCUCGCCGCCGUCGUGCCCGCCGUCGCAUCGUCGCACAAGGAGGACUACCUCGCCGUCGUCCUGCCGUACCUCGCCGGCCGCUUCGUGCAGCAGCACCCGUCGCACGCCAACGACGUCGUCGAGGACGUCUUCUGGCCGCGCCUCCUCGUCGCCAAGGCCGACCCGCGCACCCGCCUCGCCGCGUUCAAGGCGCUCAAGGGCUCCGAGCUCGAGAAGAUGCACGUCUGGCUCAAGGGCGUCUCGGCGGCGCUGCCGCACUCGGUCGAGGACGUAUCGCCCGCCGCGGCCGACAAGGUCGUCGAGGUCGUCGCCAAGAACAUGGCCGGCGCGAGCAGCGAGGCCGUUGACGCCGCCGUCGCGUUCCUCCUCGCGCAGGUCGCGUCGGCGCAGGGCGAGCCGCUCGCGCUCGCGCUCCUUGUCGCCCUGCGCCUCGCCGGCAAGCUCGAGAAGAGUCGCCGGGUCCAGUUCGUCGUCGCCGUCGUCGACGUGCUCAAGGUCCAGCAGAUGGGCCUCGACGGUCUCGUCGCCGCCUCGCCCGAACACGCCGCCGACCUCCUCGACGCCGGCAACUCGAGUGUCGUCGCGACGUCGGUCCAGAACGCCGCGUUCGCCAAGCCGACGGCCGACAAGACGCAGCAGCACCUGCGCGCCGCGCUUCUCGUCGGCGCGCUCAAGGCCGUCCACCCGCUCAAGGAGGCGAGCUGGACCUGGCUCGCGCCGACGCCCGCUCCCGUCGAGGUCGCCUACCGCGACCUGUGCUUCGCGGCGUACCGCCUCGCGCACGCUCAUUCGGCGUCGCCUGCGUCGAGCGCGCUCGCCGCGUCGAUCCUCGAGACGCUGUUCGGCGCGCUCGUGACGGACGACGCUGUCGCCUUCCUCGCGUCCAUCUACGCCGCGCCGCCGAGCACCGUCUCGGUCGAGCUGCGCCUCGCCGCCCUGCGCGACGCCGCCGCGUUCGUCGAGGUUCUCGCGGCGGCGACGGCCUCGCCCAAGGGCAAGCUCGUCGACUGGCAGGUCGUCGUCCCGAGCCUGAUCGUCGCGCUCGCCGACGGCGACAAGCGCGUCCGUGCCGAGGCGCUCCGGGCUCUCGACGCCGUGCGCCUCACGCUCUCGGCCAAGUCGUCCUCGGCGGCCAAGGUCGGCGUCGUGCACGGCCGCGACAAGUUCUACGGCCCGACCGCGACCCCGACCGCGCUCAAGUACCUCGACGCGCCCGACGUGUCGGCCUACGUCGACAAGGUCCUCGCGUCGCGCACCGAGUUGACCCUCUCGCCGACGCACCUCGCGACGCUGCACGCCUCGCUCCUCGACGUCCCGUCCCCGGCCGACUCGCCGACCAAGGAGACGCGCAAGCGCAAGGCCGCCCUCUCGUUCCGCGCCGCGACCUACCUCGCAUCGCACGUCGCGGCGUGGCAGUCGUCGCUCGUCGCGCGCACGCGCCUCCUCGCCGCCCUCGAGGGCGUCAAGGACCGCGACAAGGCGGCGGCGCUCGUCGCCCUCGUGCAGGAGGCGGUCGACGCGCCGGUCGACGCGCACGGCGCCGCCGAGGAGUACGACACGCUUGUUGAGUACGCUCGGCUUGUGCUCCAGCCGUUCGACGGCGCGCAGCGCAAGUGGCUCGAGGACGCCGGCGCCGUCGACUCGCUCGUUGCCGCGUUCGAGACCCAGGACUCGACUGGUUUGCGCGCCGUCCUCCGCAAGGAGGCCCUGCGCCUCGUCGCCAAGUCGGUCUUCUCGACCGUGCGCGGCGAGACUCGCCUCGAGCUUUUCAAGCGCCUCGUCAAGCUCGCCGUGUCGUCCGACGCUCGCGUCGCGUCCGACGUGCUCGCCUGCAUCCGCGCCGCCAAGCCCGACGGCGAGACGGUCACCCUGUUCUUGAACGAGGUGCGCAACACGCUCGCGCCGCCGACCGCCAAGGGCGCCAAGCGCGGUCGCACCUCGAUCGCGGUCGGCGCAGCGUCGACGGCGAGCCGCACCGAGCGCCUGCCCGAGCUCGUCGUCGUCCUCGAGUCGGUCGAGUUCGGGACGGUCCCGGCGUCGCACGGCCUCCUCCUCGGCCUUUUCGACCUCCUCGCGACGCUCGUCGAGCUGCCGUCGACGGCCGGCCAGACCGACGUGUCGUACCCGGGCCAGCUCAUCCUCGGCGCGCUGGCUCGCGUCGUCGAGAACGUCCAGCCGUCGUCGGGCGUCUCGGCCCACUCGAUCCGGAUGGCGCCCGUCCUCGACUUUAUGCGGUCGUCGAUCAACCCGCAGACGUACUCGCAGUCGCUCCUCCUCCUGUCGCAGCUCGGGCCCCUCGUCCCCGACCAGCUCGUGCACAACGUCAUGCCCAUCUUCACGUUCAUGGGCGCCAACGUCCUCCAGCGCGACGACGCCUACUCGCUCCGCGUGGUCGACCAGACGCUCGACAACAUCGUGCCUGCGCUCGUCCAGGCCAUGGAGAAGAAGACGGCCGGCGACCGCGACAGCCUCCUCGCCGAGCUGCGCGAGCUCCUGCGCGCGUUUACCGACGCGGCCGCCCACGUCCCGCGCCACCGCCGCAUCAACUUGUUCACGCGCCUCGUCGAGACGCUCGGCGCCAAGCAGUUCCUGUCGGCCGUCGCCAUGCUCCUCGUCGACAAGGCGGGCAACAAGUCGAGCGAUGCGGCCGCCCUGCCGCUCGCCCUCGUCGAGCACUUUGACGUCGCGACGCAGCUCUCGGCGUACCUGCAGGUCGUCGACGAGCUCCAGCAAGUCGUCGCCCUCGUGCCGUCGUUCCUCGAGCCGGCUCCCGCCACCGCCGUCGUCGCCGCCGGCGAGGACCCGGUCGCGCCCACCCAGGCCAAGCAGCAGGCGCUCGCGCUCCUCAACUUUGUCGCCUUUGCGCUCGAGACCAAGCAGCUCGUCAGCAAGGUCGACGCGGCGCGCACUGCGACCGUCGCGAGCGCCGUCGACAUCUCGCUCACCGAGCUCGUCCGCGCCCUGCUCGACCUGUCGACGGCGACGUCGGACUCAUUCCCGGCCGAGGACCGCGCCGACCUCGUCGAGGGCGCCGACUACGUGGUGCACGCGACCGUCGCGCUCAUGUCGACGCGCACGUUUGCCGACGCCCUCCUGUGGCUCCUCGAGCUCGCCGACCCGUCGAUCAAGCCUCGCGCGUUCGCGCUCCUCCGCGCGCGCCUCCCGCACGUCAAGCCGGCCCGUCGCGCCGACCUGUCGGUCGCCGUCGUCGCCGUCGUCGACAAGGUGCACGACGUCCUCGUCGCGAGCGCCGACUCGCUCGAGGCCGCCGCAGCAGACGACAUCUCGGGCGCGCUCGAGACGCUCGACGCCGUCGCCGACUCGGUCUUCCCGGACGAGGACGCCGCGCUCGCCAAGACGGUGCCGGCGCUGAUCGACAUCGCCGGCGACGACCACCGCGACGACAAGACUCGCGCCGCCGCCUUUGCCGUCCUCACUAAGCUCUCGAACCGCCUCGGCCCGCGCCUGAUCCCGCUCGUCAGCAAGCUCGUCAACUUUGCGCUCGAGGUCCUCAAGUCGCAGGCCCGUGCCGGCGCCGCGGGCGCGAGCGCGCUCAUCUCGGGCGCCUACUCGACGCUCGAGGGCCUGUUCAGCUCGGUGCCGACUUUUAUCGGCGGCCAGCUCGACAAGGUGUUUGCGGCGGCGCUCUCGCCCGAGCUCAUGUCGCUGUCGCGGGUCAAGGGCGCGUCGGCGGCGAAAGCGCGGGCGGCGCUCCUGUCGACGGCGGCCAAGAAGCUGCCGGCCAAGGCGCUGUACCCGGCCAUCAUCCGCCUGCACGCGUCGCUCGACGGCAAGGAGCGCGAGCCGCUCGUCGGCCUGCUCGACCUGUUGAACCGCACGCUGCGGUACGGCAAGACGGCCGACGUCGGCAGCAACUACCGCGCCAUCUUCAAGCUGUUCCUCGGCGUGUUUGACCUGCGCCGGGUGCACGCCGCCGAGCUCGACGACGACGACGUGGUCGCGAUCGAGGACAACGCGCUCGGCGCGUUUGUCCAGUUCAUCCUCAAGCUCAACGAGCAGCUGUUCCGCCCCUUGUUCCUGCGCACGUACGACUGGGCCGUCAUCGACCUCGCCGAGGCCGGCGACGCGCAGUCGACGAGCAUCGCCGACCCGGGCCUCGUCGCGCGACGCACGGUCCUGUACAAGGUCGUCGACCGCCUCCUCGGCCAGCUGCGGAGCAUCUUUGUGCCGUACUUUUCCUUCAUGCUCGACCAGACGGUCGAGCUCCUCGACGCGGCGGCAAAGGGCGACGUGCGCGACCCGGACCUGUGGCAGGCCGUCGCUUCGGCGCUCGCCAAGUCGUUCGAGUACGACGAGAGCGGCUUCUGGUCGGCCCAACGCCUGGCCAAGCUGUCGGGCCCUCUCGCGCGCCAACUCGAGGCGCCGUCGUCGCUGUUCCCGGUCGCGUCCUUGUUGCCGCUCCUGUCGUCGUUCGGCGAGCUCGUCGCCGCCCACGAGUCGCACCUCAAGCAGUUGAACGGGCACGUGUUGCACCUGACGCGGUCGGACGACGUGCGCGUCAAGCGCAACGCGGUCGACGCGCUCGACGCGCUGUGGCAAGCGGUCGGCGACGACAUGCUCGCGCUCGUGCCCGAGACGACGCCGUUCCUCGCAGAGGCGCGCGAGGAGACCGAGGGAGGGGUCGAGGCGGCGACGCGCCGGCUCAUCAAGCGCAUCGAGGAGCACCUCGGCGAGGACCUGGACCAGUACUUGGACACGACCAACUAGAGGGGUGGUGGAAGCGAGCUUGUAUUGCAUCCUCGUUUGCGGA